AUGGACAAGGAUCUGAGACAUAUGAUCCUUAUUGAGGCUUAUAAUAAUCCAUAUGCUAUGCAUCCUAAUGGGAAUAAGAUGUAUCAAGAUCUUGAGCCGAUCAAGAAACCAGAGUGGAAAUGGGAGCAAAUCAUGAUGGAUUUUGUUUCGCGUUUGCCAUUGACUCCAUCUCGGAAGGAUUCAGUUUGGAUUCUCGAGGAUAUGCAUCAGAGUUGUGCUAUUGAUUUUGGUGGCAAUUCGGAUGGACAUUUACCGUUGGCUAAGUUCGUGUACAACAACAAUUAUCAGAGGGGUAUUCUGAUGUUUUCGUUUGAGGCAGUUUAUGGUAGGAAGUGUAGGACUCCACUAUGUUGGUUUAACAUGGAGAAGGAGAGGAAUUUGGGUGCGGAUUUGGUUCAUGAAAUCAAGGACAAGGCGAAAUUAUUUAUGAGCGGUUGA